UUUCCCACAAUGCUUUGCGGCGUGCUGUCGGUGCUGUUUGUCCUGCCGUCGCUUCAACAAUGCAGCUUUUAAUGGUGCUGUGAGCGGGGCGAACUGAAAACGCAGCAGCACCGCAGGCUUGUCCGGUGACUGUAGUCGUACAAAUUCAACACAACGAAUUUUUUUACGGUUUGACAAACCUGCCGGGCGGCUGUGACUCAGUUUUUAGGACAUCCUGGACUCUUCGGCUGGGGUUCCUGUUUUGAGAAGGAAGAGAACAUUUCAGAAGCCCCAUCUCCAUAGGAAUUCCUGACAAGGGGCCAUAAAAUGAGCACAUCCCAGAUAGAAGCCACUGGCCCACCCAGCUAUCUCACUUACCUGUGAGCAGCCAUGCCCUCCCUGCAUCACCCAUCGAGGGGAACCCCUCUCCAGAUGCAGGACUGUUUUCUGACAUAGAUUUGGAAGAAUAGCGGAAUCUAACAAUAGAAAUGGCAUACAUUUGUGUGGGCUAUAAUACAUCAGAGUACAUAUUAGAAUACAGGUGAGGCUGAACCUCUAGCCAAUAUCCGUAGGACUCUUAAGAGGAGGUAAACAGCCUCAGAUGACCUUUACAGAAGGACAGAGCUACAACCCAGCUUUGAUGAUUUAGUAUCAAUCCCACUGCCUUGCUGACAAGGUCGUACCAUGGCUGCUGCUGAUCCCCAUAGCAACGGUUCCUUGGUGAGGCAAGGAGCAGACUGAGAGUCAACAAUGCAGCGUAACGGUGGAGGGGUGGGUGCUGGUGGCCAGCCAUGGGUGUUGCGGCGUGUGCGUCUCACCUGGCUCAGUUUCAUGCUCUUCUUCAUCCUGGUCUUCUUCCCACUGAUUGCCCACUACUACCUCACUACCAUUGACGAAGCUGGGGGUCCUGAAAAGCGCAUCUUUGGCCCGCGGCCUGGUGGUGAACUGUGUGAGGCCAAACAUGUGCAGGAUCUGUGCCGAAUCCGUGAGUCGGUCAGCGAGGAGCUGCUGCAGCUGGAGGCCAAGAGGCAGGAGCUCAACGGAGAAAUUGCCCGACUCAACCUGCGCAUUGAGGCCUGUAAGCGCAGCAUUGACAGCGCCAAGCAGGAUCUCCUGCAGCUGAAGAAUGUUAUCAGCCAGACAGAGCAUUCCUAUAAAGAACUAAUGGCCCAGAACCAGCCCAAGCUAUCGUUGCCGGUCAGGCUACUGCCAGACAAGGAGGACCCAGGCCUGCCACCACCCAAGUCUGCGCGUUCCUGCCGCUUACGCUCCUGCUUCGACUAUGCGCGCUGCCCUCUUACGUCUGGAUUUCCUGUGUAUGUCUACGACACAGGCUCCUAUCCAUGGGCGGACUAUCUUGACCCAUUGGUGAAGCAGGCUUUUGUAGCGUCAGUUAAGAGCAACAUUUAUGUAACUGAUAACCCCAGCAUCGCCUGUCUGUAUUUGGUGCUGGUAGGGGAGCUACAGGAGUCCUCCUCCUCCCCACUACCAUCUCCUUCAGAGCUGGAGAAGCAACUAAAAGCUCUUCCAUACUGGAGAUCUGAUGGACACAACCAUGUACUGGUGCAUCUCUCUAGAAAGUCCAUGACACAGAACUUCCUGUAUAAUGUAAGCACUGGACGGGCAGCAGUCGCUCAGUCCACCUUCCUCGAGCAGCAGUACCGUGAGGGCUUUGACUUGGUUGUGUCACCACUGGUUCAUGCCCUCUCAGAACCAAACUUUUUGGAAGUGCCCCCUCAAGUUCCUGUAAAGAGGAAAUACCUCUUCACCUUCCAGGGGGAGAGGUUGGAGUCACUGAGGAGCAGCUUACAGGAGACACCCCCUCAGUCUUUCGAGGAGGAAAUGGAGAGAGACCCACCAGCCGACUAUGAUGAUCGUAUUAUCGGCACCUUAAAGGCAGUGCAGGACAGCCACUUAGAUCAGGUGCUGGUGGAGUUCACCUGCAAGAACCCACGGCCAAGUUUACCGACUGAGUGGGCUCUUUGUGGAGAGAGGGAGGACAGGCUAGAGGUGCUCAAGGCUUCAACUUUUGCCUUGGUGAUUGCUCCAGGGGAUGGACAGCUGGUGGCCUCAGCAGGCUGUGGGAUGAGGCUCUUUGAGGCCCUAGAGGUAGGGACCAUUCCAGUCGUGUUGGGGGACCACUCCAGACUACCAUAUCACCAGUUUAUUCGAUGGAGUGAAGCUGCCAUUAUAGUCCCCAAGCCUCGUGUCACAGAGCUACACUUCCUGCUGCGCAGCCUAUCAGACAAUGACAUGUUAGCUAUGAGGCGGCAGGGCCGCUUUCUGUGGGAGGCCUACUUCUCCACCUCGGAGAAUGUUCUUAACACCCUCCUGGCCAGCAUCAGAACCAGCAUCCAGGUUCCUGCUGCGCCCAUCAAAGAAGAGCCCGCCCACGAGAUUCCUCACAAAGCAGGGAAGCUGGCAGGAACUGAUGCCAACCUGGCUGACAAUGGUGAUCUGGAUUUGGGUCCUGUCGAGACAGAGCCCCCGUACGCAUCUCCACGCUUUCUCCGUAACUUCACAUACACAGCUGCAGACACCUAUAGAGCAUGGAACCGGGCCCCAGGGCCUUUCCAUCUGUUUCCUCACACUCCUCUGGACCCUGUACUUCCCUCUGAAGCCAAAUUUCUAGGCUCAGGUACUGGUUUCAGGCCUAUCGGUGGAGGUACGGGAGGCUCUGGGAAGGAGUUUCAGGCAGCUCUAGGAGGGAACGUGCCCCGAGAACAAUUCACCGUGGUCAUGCUGACAUAUGAGAGGGAGGAGGUGCUGAUGAACUCUCUUGAGAGGUUGAAUGGACUGCCGUACCUCAACAAGGUAGUGGUGGUGUGGAACUCACCCAAGCCUCCUUCAGAUGACCUACUGUGGCCAGACAUCGGCCUCCCGAUUGUGGUUGUCCGAACAGAAAAGAACAGCCUCAACAACCGCUUCCUUCCCUGGGAUGCCGUGGAAACCGAGGCCAUCCUGUCGAUUGAUGAUGAUGCUCAUCUCCGCCAUGAUGAGAUCAUGUUUGGGUUCAGAGUGUGGCGUGAGGCCAGAGAUCGCAUCGUCGGUUUCCCUGGGAGGUAUCAUGCAUGGGACGUCAACCAUCAGUCCUGGCUCUACAACUCCAACUACUCCUGUGAGCUCUCCAUGGUCCUGACUGGAGCUGCUUUCUUCCAUAAGUACUAUGCCUACCUGUACUCCUACGUGAUGCCCCAGGCCAUCAGGGACAUGGUGGACGAGUACAUAAACUGCGAGGACAUAGCUAUGAACUUCCUGGUCUCUCACAUCACCCGCAAACCACCCAUCAAGGUAACAUCUCGUUGGACUUUCCGCUGUCCCGGCUGCCCUCAGGCCCUUUCACACGAUGACUCGCAUUUCCACGAACGCCACAAGUGCAUCAACUUCUUCGUCAAGGUGUACGGCUACAUGCCACUACUGUACACGCAGUUUCGCGUGGACUCUGUGUUGUUUAAGACUCGUUUACCCCAUGACAAGACCAAGUGCUUCAAAUUCAUCUAGCAUCGGGCUGAGUGGCCCAGCAGAGAGCCAAAAGCAGAGUGGAUUGAAGGACUGGAAGUAUUUAAAAGAACAGCAGCUCCCACUGCGAGCAGUGAUGAAGAUGGAUGGAUGGACUGCCAGAUAAAUGCACAGAAGGAACGUUUGGGGUUAGGAUUUUACCCAGUGGGAUAGACAAGUUAACCUUAAAAGCUGUUGGCUUGUGGUCUAAUCCACAAAUCUACUGAAAAUUUGAAGAGUGAAAGCUGAAAGGGACCACUGCCAACAAAAUAAGCCUUUCAGAGUGAAUGUCACUCCUCCUUGUUCAUGUUCUUCAAUCAUGCUCAAUCAUCAACCACUACAGAUGUCAUUUGCACCUCUUAAGGCCUGUUGUGGAAAGAGGGCAGUUGUACACAGUGUACAGAAACUCUCCCACGAUAAACCCUACCUGACAAUGGAGCUAUCAGUUACUGAAUCACUGACAGACUGAUGUCAGGCUGCAUUCGGCCCAGCAGCCUGUUGACAGUUUCAGCUGGGAGAACUAAAGUGGCAACGACACAUGGCUGCCACUGCGCUUUUGUUUUUUCUUUUCCAUUUUACAGUUACAAACUGUACUUCUUGUACAUGUACGUGAGAAGCACUGAUGGUCAGAAGUAUUUUAUUGAACAGUCUUUCUUUUUUUUCCUUUUUUUAUUGUUGUUUAAAUGUGUAAAUCUCUAUGUCGAAAAACAAACAUUUUCCAGAACCUCUGCCUGUGGGAGAUCGAACACAGACGUAUUAGUCUGAGAACGAGACAGGACCUCGACUGAAGAGUUAAACUGGUUGGGCCCAAUCAUGUUUAGUAGUGUUACGUGUUCAAGAAGGAAUUCACUUCAGCGGUCACCAUAAUGCCUCAAAUUUGUCAUGAAAACCAGCCACCAUUGUCAUUUUGUUAUGCUUACAGGAUGUGCACUCUGAUGAGUGUUUAAAAUUGCCUGUUUUUUACGCUAUAGGGUGUUUGCUAAUGUUUGUAAAAUUGGUCUGAGGUUGAAGUAGUCAUGUUUAAAUGUAUUAAUAUUAACCAAUCAACGGUUACAAUGUCCCUUACUGAAGUGCAACAAAAGUCAAGAAUCACAGCUGCCAAAAUCAACAAAAAAUAGGUUUGGAUUUCUAAUUAAGGUUGUAAUUAUAAAGAAAGUCUUUAGUUAAGUUAAAUGUACUAUUAGGAUUAUGAAAAAACCUUUUAGGGAAUAGUUCGACAUUUUGGGAAAUAUUAUUUGGAGUUAGAUGAGAGGAUCAGUACCUCCUCAAAUUUGAAGCUGCAGCCGGUUAGCUUAGCUUAGAUUAGCUUAGCAUAAAGACUGGAAACAGGAGAAACAGCUUGCCUGGCUCUGUACAAAGGUAACAAAAUCUGCCUACCAGCACCUCCACUACCACCACCUGAAGCUCGCUAAUUAACAUAUGAUAUCUUAUUUGUUUGUAAAGCUUUGAGAUUUUCGUUUCCCCAUUUCCAGACAUUCUGCAAAGCUAAGCUAACUGGCUGCAGGCUGUAAUGGUUAGCCUUACAUUUAACGAACAGACAGGAGAGUGGUAACGAUCUUCUCAUCGAACUCUCCACCAGAGGGCAAAUAAGCAUAUUUCCCAACAUUUUGACCUAUUCUCUUUAAUCUAUUGUCAAUUCUGGCUUUGCAACAGAAGUACUAGAUGUGUCCUGCCAUGUUCAUGUCACCCUCCUGUAUAGAACUUAUCCAGCUCAGACAGGAACGUCACUUUACAGUGUCGCCAUAUUGGUUUCACUUUGUUUUUUGUUUUUUUUUGUUUUUUUUUACCAUUGCUUGAUGAAUGUUUUCUUUGCCAAAUAGGUACAAUGUCUGCUGCUUUACAGUAUAGUUUGCAGGGUGCACAGUGUGGAUGAUUGCUAAAGAGAUGCAGUCUGGUACACCCAUAUCUACUCUGUAUGGUACUUUACCAGGAGUCAAUCCAUUGGAGCCCUUCCCAUCAUGUAUUAUAAAUCCAAAGUCCUUUAUUUGACCUUGUCAGACUUAAUUCCUGUAAUCUGAAUAAAAGUUCAACCUAAAAAGAUCCCUUUAAAAAGAUACUGAGAUAAGUUUAGGACUUUUUUCCCAAAGUAGGUUCUAACUGGAAGGAUGCUUUUAUGAAACAAAAACUCUCAUAAGUCCAUGGUUCCUGUAUAUUUAUUGAAUAUAUUAUUACAAAAAAGAUUUUUUAAACUGAAAAUGACACAUUCAAUAAAAUGACAAGACAUUGUAGUUUAUUAUUCCUAAUCGCAAAGAAAACUAGCUUGUGCCACUGAAUGCUCGAGGGGGAAUUUAACUGACCUAAGAGCAGCACUCAGGCAGGCAAAUGUGUUUUUAUAGAUAGCAAGAUGACCUGGUUCUUAGAAAGGUCGACUUGUAACAGAAUGCCAUAAACUGAGCUUCUGCAGCAGUCGGUGGAAACGCAGUAAAGUGUCUUUGAAGCCAAAUUCCUACCUGCUCCAGGUGGCUGCUGCUGCUCUCUGGACCCUCCAGUAAAAUAUAAAGUAUUUGAUUGUUUAGCAUCUUUAGCUCAAACUGAUAAAUGAAGAGCCAGAUUCCUAAUUACACUGGUGUAAAAUGGCAAUACAGCUAAAACAAAUCCAAAUUUACACUUCUGCUGCACCAGACUUGAAACCCUGCCUGGCUCCUUGCCCUCUCGUCACAAUAAGCGUCACACACUUAUUGGAGCUCCAGGGGCCUCAUAAUUACCUGGCUGACUCUUAGGGCAUAGAUGGGGUCGGCUGGUAUUUUGGAAGUUUAAACCUCUCAUUCCUUCAGUCCCUGGUUUCCCCCCUCUAUGAUCUGUGGCACAGCUGGUUUUCCGUGGCCCAGAGCAGGAUACAUUUUCCUGGAAGGCCGUAGUCACUCUGCUAAGCAUAAGGAGUUGUGAAACUAUGUGCUCCUGGAUCUGAUCCACAACUGUGGGCGAGACUCCAGCCACCUGUAAUGCUGCUCGUGCUGUACCAGACUGAUGACAGCGUCAAACAUACCAUUGAAGGCCAGAUAAAUGGAAAUAAAAAAACUCAACAUUGUUAAAACAUUA